AUGGCGAAUAGUGCAGCUAUGGACUCUAUAAGACACUUGCCUGCAGUGUACGUGUCUAGUUAUUAUUUUCCGGAUCUGGGAAAGUUUGUGAGACAAGCACUGCCGGAGGCUAAUGUCGUCGAGUUAAAAGCCUCAAAGCAAGAUGUAGGAUUAGUCAUCGAUACUGAAGACAUGCGGGCACACGGGAAUGAAGUGGAGGUUUUGUUCUGCGACACGGGAUUGGUAAAGGGAGGACUUGACGCCUUCCCCGCCCUUCGCUGGCUUCAGGCAAAAAGUGCAGGUGUUAACUUGAUAACGAAGCAAUACUGCCGAGAAAAGCGUCCAAGCUUCCGGUUGACCCGAAUCCCGUGUACCGGAGAUCUCGUCUCCGAAUACGUGAUUACCUACAUUCUAGCCAAUGAGAAGAGAGUGUUCCCUAUGUAUGAGGCGCAGAGAGAUCGUCAAUGGAAACAGGUACCCCACCAUAUUCCAGUUGUUGUAAUUGGUACACAAGUUGGAAGACGCUGCAAACAGUUUGGUAUGACGGUGAUUGGCGUAACUAAACAAGUUAGAACAGAAGAAAGAAUGCAACAUGAUGCUGUUGACCAAUAUGUGACCAUAGAAAGCUUAGAUGAGGUGUUGGCGACUGUCGACUAUAUUUGCUGUUGUCUACCAGGCACCCCAGAUACUGCCAAUAUGUUGUCAGGGGAUAUUCUCAAAGCGUGCUGUCAAAAGAAACCGGUUUUCAUAAACACUGGACGUGGAGACCUCAUAGAUGAAAUAACGUUGGUGACUGCGAUCAGGGAGGGUUGGCUUGGGGGAGCGGUCCUAGAUGUGAACCCUACAGAGCCCCUUCCGCCGGACAGUCCUCUUUGGACCCUACAAAAUGUGCUGAUAACACCACACAUAUCAGGAUACACAAGGGAUCCUAGGCAUAUUCAACGGUAUGUGGAUGUGUUUGUGGAGAACUACAGGAGAUAUUGUGAUGGGCAACCGCUGAUGUACGAGGUUGACUUUGAGAAGGGCUACUGACCAUUUUAAAGCAGUGAAAUCGAAGUGUCCUAUAAACUUGAGUAUUGUUUAUACUGCCUUGUGGCACUGUGUGUCUCUUGUUUAUGGCCUGUUGGGCCUUGGACCAAGCGCUUUUAAACAGAAGUUAUGUUCGUAGUUUUCAAUGUUUUAUU